AUGGGCACCAGCUCAACCUAUCUUAUCGAUACCAGAAGAUCAGAGCAACCGAGCUCGAACUACUUCGGUCCUUCAAGCACGUUCAGCUUUCUGUCCCUUGUUCGGAAUAUCAUAUCCAGAACCGGAAGUCCGUUGCUGUCGAAAGAAUUCUCACAUGAACUAUCAAAUCGAAGUAAGGUCGAUAGCCUACGGCCAAAAGAAGCAACGGGGCACCUGCAGAACAUUAUCAGCAAUUACAGCACUAUAGCAUUCCACGUUCCUCCUAGGCGAGAGGCAGAUAUCUUGAUUGCCAAUUACUGGACGUGGGUCCAUACAAUCUAUCCUGUCCUCCACAGGCCGACCUUCGAUUCAAGGUAUCAAGCACUCUGGCAAGGGUCUACUUCAUCCCAGGUCACUCUGGACGACGUCCUCUUCCACUGCAGGCUCAAUGUUGUUUUUGCUCUCGGUGCAAACUUCCGCUCUGAAAUUGAUCCUUCUGAUAGGAGAAGCAUGAGCGAGCUGUUCUUUUCGCGCUCGGAGCACUUGCUGAAGAUGGAGUUGCUCGACUUUGCCAACCUCGAAAUGGUGCAAGGCCUCGUUCUCAUCGCUCAAUACUUGCAGAGCACAGACAAGCCGAAUUAUUGCUGGAGCAUCGCGGGGCUAGCUAUUCGAAUGGCACAAGCUAUAGGUCUUCAUCUUGAACCCCCAGAUGGAGUCAUUGCUGGGCGCAAGAUUGAUCAGAUCGAUUCUGAAGUCAGGAAGCGUGUUUGGACAAGCUGCAUACUAUUGGAUCGGGUGCUCGCAAUGACCUAUGGAAGACCAUUGAUGAUGCCUCCACAUGUGACAAAACAGACUUUACAUCUCCCUUCGCCAAUCGAUGAUGAAUAUCUGACGAGGUACCCCAAAGCUCCUGGCAAACAGCCAGAAAACUCACCAAGUUUGAUGGCAUGCUAUUCCAACACUCUUGUUCUCCAGGAAAUCCUUGGAGAAAUAUUAGCAUCGUUUUAUCAAGGAGACCAGAUGGUCUCGUCUUCACAAUCUGGACCUAAAAGCCACCCCGAAGUGAGCAAUUCAACCCUUGUGUCCAGACUUAAAGCUGGUGAUUUCCAGGAUCUGUUCCGUCUUGAGGGAAAGCUGAGCAGCUGGUAUGAUGGCCUGCCGGCAUUUCUAAAAGUUUCUCAAGAAGACUCGAGUGUGAACGAUGUUGUUCAGAGUUCGGCCAUUCUUGUCCCGCCCAAAGUUAUCUUCGCGAGGCAAGCAAAUGCAUUACGGACGCGGUGGCUUCACGUUCGCCUUUUUCUCUUCCGGCCAGCCCUUCUUGCAGUACUGGAUCAGGACCAGCGAUCAUUCGCAUCAACUCCAAAUCUACAUGGUGGACCUGGAGCAUCCCUUCUACGGCAGAAGAUGUUGAAUACGCUGGCUGAUCUUUGUAUCCAAGCGGCAGAAGACUCAGUCAACCUCAUCCAUGAAAAUUCAAGCUCGGAGAUGUCAGCCCUAGCGGCAUGGUGGUACAAUGUCUUCUGUGGGUACACCCUAUAUCGUGGCUCAUCGCCAUGA